AUGGUGAAGGCAAAAAAAGAAUGUGUGGAGAACGACGUACAAAACAACAGUGUGUGUAAAAGACAACGUAUCGUCGAUUUAUGCGAGUUAGGGAGAAACCUAAAAUGCAAAAAAUGCAAGAAUGUAUUCGAUUUGGAAAAUAUAGUGGCUGAAAAACAUGUAGGCCUUCAUUCCGUGUUGUCAAUUGUAUGCAGAGAAUGUGACGUAACAAAUGCAGUACACACAGGAAAAAUAAACAAAUCUGGGAACGGUGAACAAUAUGCAGAAAGCAAUGUUACGGCAGUAUUGGGAUCUAUACAUAGCGGCGUUGGUCAUACAGCGCUCCAAAAAAUAUUGGCCUGCAUGGACAUUCCAUGUCUUUCCAAUGAAGCUUACAAGCGUUACGAAAUAUUUUCGGCUUGGCUGUUGAGGAAGCUGCAAAGGAUAGCUGCAAGCGAGCUGCUGCAGAAGAAAGACACAUUAGGGAAUAUUGUCAACAUCAUAAUAUCGUAUGAUAUGGGUUGGAGUAAACGCGGCAACGGGAGGAGUUACGAUAGCUUGAACGGAUACGCAACUAUCAUCGGAUUCCUGUCAAAGAAGAUCUUGGACUUCACUACGUGCAAUCGGAAAUGCUCAAAAUGCGAUAAGGGUCAUAAUAAAAAUGAACAUGACUGUCGUCUCAACUUCCAAGGUAGUGCGAAAGCCAUGGAGGCUUAUGCUGGCGUUGAGCUUAUAACAAAAAGUGAAGUUUUAAAAGAGGUAGGAUUGAACGUUCGUGCUGUCAUUGGCGAUGAAGAUAUCUCGAUAAUAGCGGCAGUGCGCACAGUGAGCGAUAAAUUUAUUCAUAAAUUGGCGGACAAGAAUCAUCUCGUGAAACAUUUUACAAAUGAAUGGUAUGGACUUGCCAAAAAAUUCAAUCAAUUGAAUAAAAAAGGCGCCAUAAGUCAUUUGAAAAAAUGUUUUACUUAUGCAAUUGCGCAAGAUAAAGGUCAGGAGACACAACUAGGAGACGUGUUACGUAAUCUACCGGACCACUUAUAUGGGCGACAUGAAAAUUGUAGCGAGUGGUGCCAUCGGCAAAAUUCGCUGAAACAAUCGAUCAAAUUUACCGAUGAAGCACUGUACGACGGAAUGACGAAAGUAUUUACGAAAUAUGCAAAUAAUGCGGCAAAAUUCGCAAUGGCAGCGUCGAGUCAAACAAAUGAAAGCGUGAAUAACAUAAUCGCUCACAAAGCUCCAAAAAAUGUUUGCCUGAGCAAAUCUGCUUCUUGCGAUUUUCGUGUGGCCAGCGAAGUAUGCUCGAAAAAUGAUGGCGAGCAAAGCAUAAAUAGCAUUCGAAAAAAAUUAAAUAUCUCAUAUGGUGAUCAUGUGUAUUAUCACGCGAUCCAGGCCGACAAAAAAUGGAAAGACAGAGCAUGUCGCGAAUCGACGAAACCCAAAAAAUUGCGAAGGCUCCAACUAAAAGAAAAUUGCACGAUAGUAUAUUUCGAUUUAGAAACGUCGGGCUUUAGUGCAGCAGCAGAUAUUCUGCAAAUCGCUGCAAUAUCGGGGGAAGUUACUUUUAAUGUAUAUAUUCACUCCUCGCAAAAAGUACCUGCUAACGUUAGGGAUUUAAAAUAUUCCAAAGUCAAUUUGGCACAUAAUGCUUCGUUUGAUACGCCACGGCUUCUAAGGCUCAUCUCAAAAUACAACAUGAUCGAUGAAUAUCGUGUUAUAACUGGUUUUUCUAAUACCUUGAUCGUUUUCAAAAAAGUAUUAUCAAAUCGAAAAGGCCCGGGUUUAUUCAAAUUAAAAACAUUAUAUGAUGAUUUCAUCAGGAAUGAGAAUGACACAGGCAGUGACUCAUCUUUCCAUGACGCUCAAUUCGACGUUGAAGUUUUACAAAAGCUUGCAAUCCAUUUUAAAAUUGAAGAGAAGCUUUUCUCAACUUUGAAAACGUUUCAGACCAGUCUGAUUGAACUCAAUGACAGCUCAGAAAUUAGAAGCGAUUACCUUAUAAAUGUUUAUAAAAAGGAAGGCGAAUCGAAAAUCGUUGAGAUACUUUCGGAAAAAGUUGAUGGAAAACCACGAGUCAGCAAAAACAAGAAAGUCCUUCAAAAAAUCAUUAAAAAUCCGGCCACUUUUUAA